AUGUUCGAAGCUGGCACCAUCCCACCUUUCGAGCAGACCGUAGGUGACCCCCUCCGCGUCUACGGCCGCCUGCAGUUUUCAUGGCCGUCGCAGGCGGACGCAACUGCCUUCCGCAGGAUGUUCCCCUUCUCUCUCAAACUCCCCAACUCCCGCCCCGUUCUGCUGAAGGAGUUUGUGGACAGAAUCGAGGAGUUUACUGCAGCUAAGCCGGACGGUGCGCACUGGCUCGCCGAUUUGACCAACUUCCACCGCGCCUUUGACCCCUACGAGGGUACCUACUUCACUCAUCUCGCUGGGCUCCCAGUCGCCACCUCCGACGACCCGCAUUUCGACCUUAUUCCAUCCGAAAUCCUGCUGGAGGUCAACAAACCUCCCAUGUUGCUGAAUUUCUCCUGCCACGUGUGCGUGCUAUGCUCCAACAACCACCGCGCGUUCGCGACCCGCCGCCGCCAACGCCUCACGAACCAGAACACUAUUUCAAUCGCGCAACUGCAGCAGGCAAAUGGUACGCAAAACACCUUUUCGGCUUUUGUUGCCAACUUCCCUCGUUCUUGCUGUCACCCCUCACUUCCAGUUUGCUCCCCUCUUCCCCUUGUACGUUCCCCCUUUGCUCUCCAACCUGCCUUCUCCCCCCCCCGCGACUCACCUUUUCCCUGCCCAUCAACAAACCUGCUCCCCCCCCUCCCCCGUGCUCACCUUCCAAUGUCCCUAUGUCCUUUCACGCCCCCCUCCCCCACUGCCCUUCCUCUCCUGCUCCCCACGGUCGCCCAGGCCCUGGCCACUCCCCUAACCAACCUGUUUGUGCCCCCUCCCCACGUUACCCCCCACCUCACCACCCAUCCAGAGACCACUGCCCCCCCUCUCUGGACCUCCUCUCCUGCCAACCCCCUCUCCCAUUUGCUUUUUCUCUACCCACACCCCCCCGCCGCCCAGCUCUCCCCCACCCACCCGCUCACCCCGCACCGCCACCCCCUCUCUUCCCUCCUCAACCCAAGCAGCCCUACUCCCUCUCCCCCCCUCUUCCUACCCCCCAACCCGCCUCCCUCCCCUCCCCUCAGUCACACUUCUCACUACCCUCUCAAGGAUCAGGCCGCCACCCUCCUCAUUUCUGGGCUGCACCGCCCUCCCAGAGACUCCCCCCCUCUGUCAACAGCCCCCUCCCCCCAUUCUCUUCCACACCGCACCCAAACAGAUCACAAUCAACCCCCUCGACCUCCUCACUCCCUCUGGCUGGACUCUCGCCCAACCCCGUCCCCUCCCGAUGCCCCUCCCCCCUCUCUGUACCUCCCUUCCCUCGCAGCCACAACUCCUUCACGGAGUUUCCCUCCUCAAACCUCCCCCUUGCCUCUCCCCCCUGCCCCUCACCCGACCCCCCCCCUGCUCCCCUACACCUGGAUACUUGCCCUCCCCCGUGCCCUCCCCGCGCCCCUCUUCUCCCCCUGA